GCCGCCGUCGCUCGCCCCGGCGCGAUGUGCGGGGGGAUGGCGGCCAAGGGGCCGGGCGGGCCGCGGUGGUGGCAGAACCGGCGGGCGCGGCUGCUGUGCAUGCUGGCGCUCACCUUCCUCUUCUUCGUGGUGGAGGUGGUGGUGAGCCGCGUCACGUCGUCGCUGGCCAUGCUGUCCGACUCCUUCCACAUGCUCUCCGAUGUCAUGGCCCUGGUCGUGGCGCUGGUGGCCGUGCGCUUCGCCCAGCGCACCCGCGCCACCAAGAAGAACACCUUCGGCUGGGUGCGCGCCGAGGUGAUGGGCGCCCUGGUCAACGCCGUCUUCCUCACCGCCCUCUGCUUCACCAUCCUGCUGGAGGCCAUCGAGCGCUUCACCGAGCCGCACGAGAUCCAGCAGCCGCUGGUGGUCAUCGCCGUCGGGGUGGCGGGGCUCGUCAUCAACCUGCUGGGGCUCUGCCUCUUCAACCACCACGGCGUCGGCGGACACGGCCAUUCCCACGGCCACGGCCACGCGCACGGGGGCGGCGCGCGGCUCUCCCGGGGCAGCGCCAAGGCCGAGCAAAGCCCCGGCGACGGGGAGGCCGCGCUGCACCGCGAGGAGACCAGCACCUUGGUGGAGAACUGCAGCGGCUCCAACGGGGUCAGCCAGGAGAAGCUGGGUGAUAUGAAGGACGACACGACGGACCUACAAGUGAAUGGGAAUGCUGGGCAUUAUCCUCUGGAUGUUGAAGAGGUUGAGGAAGACUCUAGCGCGCAGCUUAACAUGCGUGGAGUUUUUCUGCAUGUUUUUGGAGAUGCCUUAGGUUCAGUAAUUGUCGUAGUGAAUGCCUUGCUCUUUUAUGGUUUGUGGAAUCCAUGCCCCAAAGAUGGGCCCUGCUUUAAUCCGUGUGUCAAUAGCCAUUGCGUGGAGAAUGCUACUUUAUCCCAACCUCUUGGCAGUGUAAACAAGUCUGAGCAAGAGAGCAUUACGGUGGCUGGUCCAUGCUGGUUACUAUAUUUAGACCCUGUUCUUUGUUUGAUUAUGGUUUGUAUCCUCCUUUACACAACUUACCCGUUACUUAGGGAGUCGGCCCUUAUACUUCUGCAGACUGUUCCCAAACAAAUAGAUGUUCAUUCUUUGAACUCAAAAUUACGUACCCUUGAAGGAGUUGAAGCAGUGCAUGAAUUACACAUUUGGCAGCUAGCAGGCAGUAGGAUCAUUGGCACAGCUCACAUAAAGUGUCCUGACCCUUCCACGUACAUGAUGGUGGCAAAGCGCAUAAAAGAGAUCUUUCACGAUGAAGGGAUUCACGCAACUACCAUCCAGCCCGAGUUUGCCAGUGUUGGCUCUGAAUCAGGGAGAGGGAAAUGCGAGUUUCCUUGCAGAACUCAGUGUGCUUUGAAGCAGUGUUGUGGAACAGUAGAAGAUAAUACUGGAAAGAAGACAGAAAAAUCUUCUUCGCUUAGUAUUUCUUGUUCAGAGGUUGUCAUUGAAUUUCCACAUAACAAAACUAGAAGGACUAAAUCGGAGAGCGUACCUGCAGUUAAGCUAGAGGCAAACACCGAUCAAAACGAGCAGUUUGAAUCAUCUUUGUAACUCCCUGAAUGGUGCUACCUGAGUUUUGGUGACUUUGACAACAGCUGUGUUGCAAGAGGAAGAGACAAAUGUUUGAGAUGCAAUUUUGCCAAGUAGUGUAAUUGCUGAGCUCCUUGUUCUUGUCAUAUUGCUAAAUCUAGAAUGCUUGUUCUAAAGAACGUGAUGUCACUGUCAUAUACAACGUUUCUGUUGACUUUGUACUGAGACAGACAGAAAGUGCAUCGAUGCUGUAACAACUUCAGAAAACCAGUUUCAACAUUUCAGCUGAGACACUUUUUGUUGUGCUUCAAAUUAUUUUUUUUUUCAAUUAAAAGAUACUUGAGGGAUAAGCAUAUAGGAACUCAAUUUGUGUUACAGAUCUCUUGGACCUGCUUUUUCCUUUAAUAUUUGAUUUGUAGAUAUUUUAAUAUAUUGUUUAUUUAGAAGCCCUAAGGAAACCAAAGUUGAUAGAACAUUUUUAAAGAUAUAACUACUUAAAACUGGAAACCACUUUGUCAGUUUCACAUAUUUUUCUUAAUCUUAUGUAAUAAAAAAUGUGAAGGUUUUUCUUACGAAUAUAUCACAUAGCAUAUUUUUAAGAAAGCGUCAAAUGAUUGUUAGAAACCAUCCCCAUCUUUUCUGGUAAGGUAGUGAGGUAAUUAAAAUCAAUGGCCUGUGAAAAUA